UUUUUGAGCAUAGUAACGAAUAUAACGCCUGUUUCUGAUAAAGUCUCCUAUAUCUCCCAUCCUGCAUAGAAUCUUUCGAGUCGUGCGACACAGUUCCCUGACGGCGACUAAUUCCAGUCCCGGCACGUGUACUUCAUCUAUAUCAACUGAUGCUACCUGUUGCAAUCUGUAUUAAUACUCGACUCGUGUCCUCCUUAGCUCGCAUCAUACUCGCUCUUCAAGACUAGUUGUGUUGCCUUAUUUGCUCUUCUUCACAAGCUUGAACUCCCACUUCUCCUCGCCCUUUUGCAAAACGACUGCUCUGCCAUAGACUAAUGGCAGGAUCGAAGAUUUCCAGAUUGGCGGCUCGCCGUUCUUAGGCGUCGUCGCUGAUGCUACCGAGGCGAGUGAAAUCGCCGUGAGUAAGACAAGUACAGCAGGAAAACAAAGCCAUGGCCAGUCGAACUCCGUGCAAACGGUUGACUCCCAGACGGUACCGGGGACACGUGUUACCCCAAAAAAUGGUUGAGCUCGAGCGCUGUCAGUCAUGGCGUCCGCGAGGUUCUCCAUCACCUGCGAAAUGCUCGCGAACGAAGCGUGCCCAGAAUUGAAAAGAUUAUGCAGCGGCCACUGUAGCUGAUAUGGGCCAUAAAUGGAUGGGUCAUUAUCGCCAAGCCGACAUUCGACUGUUUCGAGGCCGAAUUCGAUGUCCGUCGUACAGUUUCCUAUUGCAGAGUCCUGAACUAAAAGGUAGGCCU